AACCCACAUGUGAAGCUUGGAUUUUCUAUCACUUAAUUCCUACACAGCUUCUCUGUUUCCCUGUUCCUAUUUCGUCAAGCUCUCUUUAUCUUCUUGCAUGUCUUAAACACAGCUGCAAACACUAGUUAUUCACAGGGUUUGUGUACAGUCGUUGUUGGUUUGAAGUUCGUGGGGUUUCUGGGUUUUGAUUGGAUUUAGUGUCUGAGGCGCUGAUGGGUCCUGUGAGGGGGCUUAAGAAGAGAAAGAAGGCAGAGAAUAAUAAGUCUCAUGAAGAUCACAAUGCUUCUGGUUCUGGAUCCUCAGAGAAGGAAGGUCCUUUGGAUUGGUGGGAUGAGUUCUCCAAGAGAAUCAAUGGUCUUCAGUCUCCAGCAAAGGGUUUGAGUAGGUUUCAAUCUAUCUUUAAGAUGUCCAGAAAAACCUUUGACUACAUAUGCUCACUUGUGAGAGAAGACAUGAUGGCUAAGUCGGUACAUUUUGUGUUUAACAAUGGUACACCAUUGUCUUUAUAUGAUCAAGUAGCUGUGGCUUUAAGAAGACUGAGCUCUGGUGAGUCACUAGUAAUGAUUGGCGAUUCAUUUGGGCUGAACCACUCUGCUGUGUCUCAAGUGACCUGGCGAUUUGUGGAAGCCAUGGAACAAAAGGGACUUCACCACCUCCAAUGGCCUUCAACUGAAGCAGAAAUGGCAGCAAUCAAAUUAAAAUUUCAGAAAAUGCAAGGCUUUCCUAAUUGUUGUGGUGCUGUUGAUACUACUCACAUCAUGAUGUGUUUACCAGCUUCAGACCCGGCAAGCAAUACUUGGCUCGAUCAGGAGAAGAAUUACAGCAUGGUCUUGCAGGCCAUUGUGGACCCAGACAUGAGGUUCCGGGAUAUAAUCACCGGAUGGCCAGGGAAAAUGAAGGACUGGUUGGUGUUCCAGAGUUCUAAGUUUAAUGAACUCUGUGACAAAGGGGAGAGGUUAAAUGGGAAAGUAUUAGAGCUCUCCAGAGGAUUUGAUAUAAGGGAAUACAUAAUUGGGGAUUCAGGCUUUCCUUUACUGCCUUAUCUUGUAAUUCCCUAUGACGGGAAUGAACUCCCAGAACAUAAAGAUGAGUUCAAUAAGCGGCAGCGUGCUACCCAAAUGGUUGCACAGAGAGCAUUAGCAAGGUUGAAGGACUCAUGGAGGAUCAUAGACGGAGUGAUGUGGAGACCCGACAAACACAGAUUGCCAAGAAUAAUUCUCGUUUGCUGCCUGCUUCACAACAUUGUUAUCGACAUGGAAGAUGAAGUGCUGGAGUACCUGCCUUUGUCUCACAACCAUGAUGACUCGGCUUACCAUCAACAGAUUUGUGGAACUCUUGACAUAAACGGGGUUCAUCUCAGGGAUAAGCUGUCUCUCUACUUGUCUGGAAGAAUGACAUCUUAGUUAUUUCCAUUUCGACUAAUUGUUUUAGGUACUAAAGAGUGUUGUAUUAUUUGAUGUAUUAUUUGAUUUGAAAGUUCUUUUAAGAAUAUUUCGUACUGAAACUUAUAAAAUUGUGAGAUAACGAGGCAAGACCCUGAGGGAAUGUAAUAACGUACGUAUCACAACAGAAAUUGAUCAGGGAGUAAUGGAACUUGUUCCGGAUUACCUCUGUUAGAGAUUUGGGACCUCUUCUCGUUC